AUGGUCGAUAGACUACCAACUAAAGAAGAUCGUGUGGAUGUCCUCAUUGUUGGUGCCGGGCCAGCUGGGCUCAUGCUGGCCAACUGGCUAAGUCGCUGCGGAGUCAAGACUCGGAUUGUUGACAAGCGCCGCUCCAAGAUCUUCAACGGUCAGGCGGACGGUCUGCAAUGUCGCACUCUGGAGAUCUUCGACUCUUUUGACUUUGCCCACCGGGCAUGGCGCGAGGCGAACCAUAUGCUGGAGAUCUGUCUUUGGAAUCCUGAUGGAAAUGGCCGUCUUCAACGAAGCGACCGCAUUCCAGAUACCAUUCCUGGAAUCAGUCGUUUCCAACAGGUCGUACUGCACCAGGGUCGCAUCGAGCGGUUCUUCCUCGAUUCAAUCAAGGAACAUAGUGACAUCCGUGUUGAGCGUGGUGUGUUGCCCACAACUUUUGAUUUCGACGAAACCAAAGCAGGCGAUUUCGAGGAUUACCCUAUCAGUGUUAAACUUAGUACCUUGUCCGAGGAAGAGUCCACGCCUCAACAACGGCUACAACAUCAGAAAUCUUCUGACGGCCAGGAAACAGUAAUCGAGGAUGGGCUUUUCCGAAGUAACUUGGUUGCUGAUGACACUGAAGACCUCAUCCAGGCGACAGAGGCCAAAGGCAAUGGAAACCUCAAUCAAGUGGAGCAUAUCAAGGCUAAGUUUCUGGUCGGUUGUGACGGUGCCCACUCAUGGGUGCGUCGUCAGGUCGGCUUUAACUUGGAAGGUGGCUCAACCGAUUAUAUCUGGGGUGUGCUCGACAUUGUCCCCAUCACGGAUUUCCCAGAUAUCCGCCAUCGAUGCGCCAUUCACUCCGCGGAUGCGGGUAGCUUGAUGGUGAUUCCCCGCGAGAAUAAACUUGUUCGGCUCUACAUCCAGCUCCAGGCGACAGAUUGUCAGAAGAAUGGCUCCAAGGCUGACCGGUCCUGGAUUACUCCCGAGAUCAUCCUGGAGUCUGCCCAGCGUAUCGUGCAUCCAUAUAAGCUCGAUUACGCGUAUUGCGACUGGUGGACUGCGUACCAGAUUGGACAGCGAGUGAGUAACAAAUUUUCGCAGAGCGAUCGCGUCUUCUUGGCAGGUGAUGCUGUCCAUACGCACUCUCCCAAGGCUGGACAGGGUAUGAAUGUCAGUAUGCAGGAUACGUAUAACCUGGGGUGGAAGCUCGCCCAUGUGAUCAACGGUCUCAGUGAGCCCUCGAUUCUCCAAACCUAUGAGUCUGAGAGAAGGCAGAUCGCGCAAGAUUUGAUCGCUUUCGACCACCGCUUUUCGCGACUUUUCUCCGGACGCCCGGCCAAGGACAUCAUGGAUGAAGAGGGAGUCAGUAUGGAAGAAUUCAAAAGCGCAUUUGAAAAAGGAAACGAAUUCGCAAGCGGAAUAGCUGUUGACUAUGCUGCCAGUAUUCUCAUUGCGAAGGAAACGGAUGUCGCAGUACAAGCCAAGGAAACGAUCAUCAGCCACCCACAGCUGGCUGCAAAGAUUGAUAUUGGCAAACGUAUGCCUAGCUUCAAAGUUUUGAAUCAUGCCGAUGCACGCCCAUGGCAUCUACAGGAGCUAUUAAAGAGCAACGGGCGCUGGCGAAUGGUAAUUUUCCCUGGACGGCUCACCGAGCCACAGAAUAUGGAACGCUUCGAAAGGUUAGGCGCCUCUUUGGGAGGGCCAGACUCUUUUAUUCGCCGGUUCACACCACCAGAGAAGCCUAUCGAUAGCGUGAUUGAGGUGUUGACGAUUCAUUCCGGAUCACGAACAGAAAUCGAACUUCUUGACCUUCCUGACGCGUUUCACCCCCAUCACGGUGACAUGGGAUGGGAUUAUUGGAAAGUCUUCGUCGACGAGCAGUCUUACCAUGAGGGACACGGUCAAGCUUAUGAAAAUUAUGGCAUUGAUCCAAACCGCGGAGUUAGUGUCAUUAUUCGCCCUGACCAGUAUGUUAGUUGGGUGGGAGAGGUCGAUGACUACGAGCAGAUGUCGCGAUUUUUCACUAGCUUCAUGAAGCGACAGGCGGGAAACUAG